UGUUCUUGUUCUUUUUCCGCGUUUCCUCUGUGAACAUCAACAUUUGUGUUGUACCAAUCGAAUCACAGAGCAAAGAUCUCUUGUUCUCUCCGCUCUUUCUCUCUGUACUCUCAACACUCUUUAGGGUUUUUGAUCUCUACCUUUCUCAUUUUUCACCCGAUUUUGUAGCUGGAGUUGUAGAAAUGUUGACUUAUAAACUAGAAUGAGUGAGACUGAAUUAUCAGGGAUGAAGCAACCACUUGUUCCGUUAGCGACUCUGAUUGGCCGGGAGCUACGCAAUGGAAAAGCUGAGAAACCUUUUGUGAAGUAUGGUCAGGCUGGUUUGGCAAAGAAAGGAGAAGAUUACUUUCUAAUCAAGACAGAUUGUCAGAGGGUUCCCGGUGAUUCUUCAACGAUGUUUUCUGUCUUUGCGAUCCUUGAUGGGCAUAAUGGUAUAUCCGCUGCUAUUUUUGCAAAGGAAAACAUAAUAAACAAUGUCAUGAGUGCAAUACCGCAAGGUAUAAGCAGGGAGGAAUGGCUUCAAGCUUUGCCUCGGGCUCUAGUUGUUGCUUUUGUGAAAACUGACAUGGAGUUCCAGAAAAAAGGAGAAACUUCUGGCACGACAGCUACGUUUGUUAUCAUUGAUGGAUGGACUGUUACAGUUGCAUGUGUUGGGGAUUCCCGAUGCAUAUUAGAUACCCAGGGAGGUGUUGUUUCUCUCUUGACUGUUGAUCAUAGAUUGGAAGAAAAUGUAGAAGAGAGGGAGCGUGUUACUGCCAGUGGCGGUGAAGUAGGAAGACUCAACAUAUUUGGAGGCAACGAGGUGGGGCCACUUCGCUGCUGGCCUGGUGGACUGUGCCUUUCUAGAUCAAUUGGCGACACCGAUGUGGGAGAGUAUAUCGUUCCAAUACCACAUGUUAAGCAAGUGAAGCUUUCAACUGCCGGUGGAAGGCUUAUCAUAGCUUCUGAUGGUAUUUGGGAUACUUUGUCUUCUGAUAUGGCUGCCAAGGCAUGUCGGGGUGUACCUGCAGAGCUUGCUGCCAAGCUGGUGGUUAAGGAAGCUCUUAGGUCAAGAGGGCUGAAGGAUGAUACAACAUGCCUUGUUGUAGAUAUUAUUCCUUCGGACUAUCCUUUAUCGCCUAUGCCAUCAACUCCUAGAAAGAAAUCUAACAUGCUAAGUUCACUUCUCUUUAGAAAGAAAUCUCAAAACUCGACAAACAAAGGAACUAAUAAGCUUUCUGCAGUUGGUGUUGUAGAAGAGUUAUUUGAAGAGGGUUCUGCAAUGCUUACAGAGAGGCUAGGUAAGGAUGUUUCUUCUAAUACGAAUUCUGGUAUAUACCGCUGUGCGGUUUGUCUAGCAGAUCAACCCUCUAGCAAUGGUUUAUCAACGAACACGGAUCAUUUUAUCACGCCAGUAUCUAAACCACGGGAAGGUCUAUUCCUCUGCACAAUCUGUCAGAAGAAGAAAGACGCAAUGGAAGGAAAAAGGUCAUGAAGUCAAAGUGACAACAAAAUAUAGCAAUCUUGUAUUCAAUUUUAGUAGCAUAGUAAAUAUUUUUAUAAUUUUUCCCUGGCAGUGUGAGCAAUGCUUGGUUCUCUAUUUUGGGUGGUGAUUGUCAUAAAAGUGUAACAAUUGAGGCUCUAGGUUAGGUCCAUUGAAGGUUGUUGCAAAUUAUUUUUUGGCUUGUGCUCAGCUGUUGGACUGACUGACAAGAACAAACACGUUACGUUGUUUAGUAGAUAAAUUAUAUUUGUUUGAUUGCUAACGGUUUGUAACUAACUAACAUUUUCACUGUUAACAUAAUAUAGCUGUCCCAAUUGGUUCUAUUGUGUGAAA